AUGUCCAAGGUGCUGCCGUAUUCGAUGCAGGAUGUGGGCUACGAUAACGACAAAUUCCGUCCUCGCAGCUAUAUCCAGGUCUUCACACUGUUCUUCAUCAUCUUCUUUUCCUCGUCCCGGUUGUCUUCGUUCAGAUCGGAUUCCGGUCCUGUUUUUCUGUUAUCUCCUUUUAAUUUUCACCUUUCGGACUCCGUGGAUCUUAACGGGCAGAUUUACCAUGUGACGCUAAUAUUUCUUCUUUUGAAUUUUUUUUUGUGUUUUAUGAUGCUAUCUAUCUGUGACGUCUUUCCAAUUGUUCUUUUUGUCGGUGCCAUUGUGGGUGGGCACCUUGAUUUCAGCCUUUCUCCAUCUCUUUUUCUUGAUUAUGAUCAUUUUUUUUUUUAAAUGCUAACAUAUGGAUGAGGAUCGGCUCGAACGAGUGAGAACAAACACUGUUUAUGCACGAGAAACUUUAGAGCAGGGAAAGAGAUGAUACGAAACAUGGAUCAAAUUAGGUAAUUUUAGAGAUUGUCGUGGGAUGGGGAAGCAAAUUUUAACGGGAUAAUGUGAUAAAAUGAUUGUGAUAAUAUGCUGAAAGAAGGAACCAUCUAUACCACCGAAAAAGAAAUUAUGUAGUUAUGAAGGAUUAUAAUUAACAUUGUCUAAGAAUUAAGAGUUGUUUCUGUCAUUUUUGGGAUACUAAAGAUUCUCAAAAUCAUUCAUAGAAUGAUUGGUCACUGUGCCAUGUAUUUAGGUGAACUAGAUAGAGUAGUUGUCUGCACAAUAGACAAAGUAUCAUGAUCUGAAAAAGGCAUGGGACAUGAAGCAUGACUGCUUCGCUCAUAUUUGUUUCUUUAGAUUUUCAUGUCCCUUAUCCUAAAGACAAUGUGAAAAGUUGUGGUUACCAUGUAGGUUAUGCAUCUCAUCAUUAUGAUUGAUGGAUCACGUAAGCCAAUUUCAACUAGACAAUAUGGGAUCAGCCUGGUAAUACAGUGGGCCUAAUACUGUCUCCAGUCCAUCUUAGGCUGCCUGACAUGAAGGGUGAUUCUAUACUGCUUUGUGUAACACACUGCUUUUUGAAACUUAUAAAGAUAAGACAAUGCAUAUUAUGUGAUAAAAGGAUGCCUCACUAGAGUUGGACUUGUGGUCUCCUUGACUAUUCAGCAAACCAGUGCUUGGCACUUUUGGGUGGAAAAGAUCAAAGAUGGCCCUCCCCAGAGAGCACCCUCAAGGCUCACAUAUGGUUAGAUAAAGUGAAUCACUGUAGUUUCGCUCUCUGACAGAUGAACAAGAAGAAACACUCACAAGAGAACAAUGGAAAAAAUUAGCAGCAGAAGAUGUGAAGCAGCUAAAGCAAUCAGAUGGUGAGCAAUAUUUUGAUUACAGUGGCACCUACGGCCAUCGAGUUGUAGGUGGGUCAACAUCGCACAUAUUGCAAGUUUCAACAGCAGAAUCUGGAGGAUAAGGUGGUUUCCAGCCUAUUGACAAGAAAUUACAUGUAACCCAUAAUACCAUGCUAUAUAAUAUUACCAAACACUUCAUUUCCAUUGAGAGGUGGAGAUAAAAUGUGAAAGCUUCAUAACAACAAUGUUUUGUCUGCCAUCCUGCAGGAAUUGUUUCGUAGGCAAAUGAACUGGAAAUUUAAUAACGUUGAUGCAGGUUUCAGUGCAAUCUGAAUGAAACCUGAGCCCAGUUUGUGGACCGGAUUGUGGCUCCUUUAGUUUUGGUUUCACUUUUUUGUUGUUUAGACCCACCUUAAAUUGGAACAGACCUCGGCAUGACUUAUUGACACUGCUAGGAGCCAACACGCUCAGGCCUAUUAUUCCAGUUUAUGCAAUAAUUUUUCAGUUAGUAACCAGGGAAAUAACUAGUUGACAAUAUUUUCAGUUAGUAACUAUGCUAAGAAAAUGUGUUGUGGGACAGUUUUACUGGUCAAUGCCAUGUAGUACUUCAGGUUUAGGUUUUUCUUCCUGGUCAGGCAAUCAGUAGGCUGCGUCUGGAACCUCUGAGACCUUGCUCCUUGGUGAUCGUCACUUCAGGUGGCUACAUUGAUAUAUGGUUUGUGGUACUUAUAUUUACAUAUUGGCUGAUUAACUUUUGUCUUUGUCUUGUUUUCUUUUAAUUUUCUUGGUUAAAACAUCUUUUCUUAUAAAAAACUAUGAUGCAUGGAGAUUAUAGUUUUUUUCUUCCUCCAUGAUUGCUUAUAUUUUUUUCGGAUAUAUUUUCUUCACUUAUCUUUGUCUUUUGUCACACUAGGGAAUAAGUCAGGCUUUUGCUACCAAAAAUAUCAAGCGCAGUUGUGCAAAAUGUACUACUGGAAGGUUUUUAUUGCUACUCAUGAUCUGUGGCGUUAUAUAUCUAAUUACGGUGCAUAAAACUCCAGUUCAUUCUCGCUCAACUGGAUCUCUAGAUGGUGUAACUUCUGGAGGUCAACAUACUCAAACAAAUCCUGGUGGCAGCAGGAUUGGAAGGCUUUUGAGAAAACCUCCAAGGCUUCCUCCACGUCUUCCCCCACAGCUUCCUCCAGACAAAUUGCUGAAUAAGUCUUCUCUACUUGCUUCCAACAAGUUGAAUUCCUCCAGAGUAUGGGCAUUCAGGCAAGAAGCGGUUAGGAAGGCUUUCGUUCAUGCAUGGUCUGGCUAUAAGAAUUAUGCAAUGGGUUAUGAUGAACUUAUGCCACUGAGUAGGAGAGGCACAGAUGGAUUAGGAGGUUUAGGUGCCACAGUAGUGGAUUCCUUAGAUACAGCCAUAAUAAUGGGUAUUGAUGACGUUGUUUCUGAUGCUGGGACAUGGAUACAAAACAAUCUUUCUGAGAGAAUUAAUCAGAAAGGACAGGUCAAUUUAUUUGAAACUACUAUACGAGUUCUAGGAGGGCUGCUUAGCGCAUACCACUUGCAAGGGGGAGACCCUGGUACCCUGGCUGACAUGGGAAUCCCAGCGCAUGUUGAAGGACCGAAGGCUAAAGUCUACCUGGAAACAGCUAAGAACCUGGCAGACCGGCUCUUAUCUGCUUUUACGUCAAGCCCAACUCCUAUUCCUUUCAGUGAUGUGAUUCUUCGUGAUCGUUCUGCACACCCAGCUCCAAAUGGUUUGAGUAGUACUGCGGAAGUUUCCACCCUGCAGCUUGAGUUCAACUACCUGAGUGACAUUUCUGGGGAUCCGAAAUAUGGUUUAGCAGCAAUGAAGGUUUUCGAGCAUCUGAAAACACUUCCAAAGGUUCAGGGCCUAGUGCCUAUAUACAUAAGGUAAGAGGCCACUGAUGUCAAUCGUAAAAUGCAUUUUUUUCAUGCUCUUGGUUUCUUUUCUCAUUUUAUUCAUAUGAUGCAAUUUUUUGUAUUACUGUCUGCUAUGAUUUGCAUGAGAUGGAACAGGUCUAUUUUUGUUAUUUUCAGCUGGAAAACAGUGGGUUAUAUUUUAUUGAUUCUAUGUCAUUAUGAGGCCAAGACUUAUUUCAAUGAAUUUUUUGUCUUUUUAAGUGGCUAAUAUUCGUUUGCCUUCAUUUUCUUUGAUGUAUUCUGAACUUAAUGCAUUGUUGCUGUACUUUUUCCCCUUUGCAUAGAUAAGUUUCUGUUUUUUCUCUGUUGGUUGCUGGAGCACACAUCAAUUCGAGGUGGAAACUUUCUUUUAUACUAGUUGUUUGAACUCAUCCAAUGUCGCUUUCUUCUUUCAUCCAGAUAUACAUUAAUAAAUAUCAGAAAUCCUUUCAAACUUUCAAACGGGGAUUUCAUGAAAGAAACAAUAUUUUCUGGCACGUUUCGUUCUUAAUGUCAACCUAUGUUACCUUGAUCUUUCAUUUCUAGACUAUCCUUUUUUUGUUUGAUAUUUGAUACUGAACCUCUUCCGAAUACUUGAUUGAUUUCAAAUCUCAAAGAAAUUGAAGGAUCGACGUGCUCCACUACAUAAUGUACUUGGGCACCAUAAAUCGUGAUCAUAUACUUGUUAUGAUAUCUAUAUGGAAUGAAUAAAGAAGGUUUUAUGCAUAUGUCUCUCGUUAUGGUAAGUUGGUCUUAAUAAGAAAUAUAUGAUUAAACAAAAGGAGACCUUUAAUUGUGAGUCAGUUAUUCCCAUGUUUCACCAUUGGCUAUGAAAUCACAGGAUAUUCCAUUAUACUCUUGAAUCUAAAAAUAAGGACUCUUUUGUUCAUCCUGUGCCAUGCAUGUGCCAAUUUAUCUCAAAAUUGUCCGUAGUUUUGGUUACAGAUAUAUAGCUGAAUCAAGUGUGCACGCAAAAACCUAAACUGAAAUUUGUCAAAAAUAACUCCCAUCCAGCAGGUCAUUCCCCAAGUCUCUCGUGGUAGUGUGGCCGUUCAUUUCGUUUCCUCACAUAUGCAUGUUUAAAGCAUAUUGCCACGCCCUACAUGUCAUUAUAUAAGUCCUCGUUUUCUUAAAUUCGCCAACUGUUGUGCUUCUGAGUAGACUUUUCCAAUUUAUUUUUACUCACUGACUCUUUUAACAGUUUGUUUCUAUGGAUGAAUCCCGUGCCAUAUCGUAAUUUAAUUAGCGUUGAAUGCAUAUGAAUUUUUAUGUGGCUUAUUUCUAUUCUUUCAUUCGUUUUCUUUAAUUAAUGGUCUUUUCUCAACGUUGUCCUAAAUCAACUAUUUUCUUUGAAUUUUUUUAAUCACAGCCCUCACUCUGGUCAGUUUAGUGGAGAAAAUAUUCGAUUAGGAUCACGAGGUGACAGCUAUUAUGAGUACCUAAUCAAAGUAUGGCUUCAUCAAGGAGGUAGCCGCAACAGUCGUCUGAAGUAUUUGCAUGAUAUGUAUGAGGAAGCAAUGAAAGGUGUUAUGAACCUUCUUCUUCGGAAGUCGAUUCCCAAAGGAUUAGUGUUUGUAGGAGAGUUACCUUAUGGACAUGGUGGUGGCUUUAGUCCAAAAAUGGAUCAUCUGGUAUGCAAUUCUUUUACUACUAUGUUCACUAACCUAAAAACCUUCUGCGUUUUUAAUUUUUAUUUGAAUUUACGGACAAAAUGGUCUCUGAUAAUAUAAACAAGUUUUUCACAGUUUACAUCUGUUUCCUAUGCGCGCAUGGACCUAACUAUGGUUUAUUAUGCCCAAGUAAAUUCGUCAGUUUGUCAUAUGUGCCAGAAAGUCGAUGGAUUCUGGAGUUUACAAAAAAGCAAGUCAUGUUUUCAGUUGACAAGGAAUCUAUGCAUCGUCUGUACGCUAUUUCAUAGAUAUUUAUGGUUCAAUUUCAUCUGUGUUUUUAUGUGCAAAACUUUUUGGGCAUACAGGAAUUUCACCGUACGUUUUGGGGUUGUGCUGUUUGUGAUUAUAGUCAUCAUUCAAUAGUUUCCAUGUAUGCAACUUUCCCGAUACACAUUCUUCUGCAGCCCCUUUUAACUUUUUGAGCAAGAGAGGCUUCAGUUUGGUCUCAGAACCUUGAAAGUCUUACACAGUCAACUGAAGGGUAGGCCAUGCUUGAAGCCUACGGCUUUCACCCGAAAUCUCUUAACUUGGCGUGGUCAGAGAAUACAGGCGUUCUUUCGAGGAUUAUUUGGCGAAAGACAUGUGAUUCAAACCAUUGCCAUAUGCAUGCUUCUUGGUUUUGUAGUAGCUUGCACUGUCUUAGUCCGGCCUGCAUUUUUGUACUACAAGUUAUAUCUAAAACUCGCUAAGCAUGUAAGAGCCAAUUAUUAACGCUCUUAAUCUAUCUUCUGUUAACAUUUUUGAAUAUGCUUUUAGCACAAUCAUAUGUGACAUCUACCAUGCGUACGUUGUGAACAAAGAGUGAUGAUUAUGGCUGAAGCUGUUAGGGUUUUGAAUCUUCGUAUCCUAGGUUUACUGUCUGGGCGAAAGUCUGUCGGCUUAAUCGCUGAUUGCCACAAUGAAGAAUGAUUGGUUUUAAAGAUUUAACGGCCACUUAAAGUAUGGGUCUCUGUUCCCUCUAUGAAUCUCUGUGAUCCUUGGGUUUUCAUGUGUUCCUUGGAGUGAAAAAACAUCAAUUCUGAGAGGAACCAAGCAUGUUCAAUGUUAUGCAAGUAAUUUUCACUUAAAAGUAUGCUGGUUUUCUUACAAACUCUUUUUUUUUUCCGCUUAUGUAUGCACAAGUGUUUCAUCUCCUUCGGCAAACUUUCAGAUUUCUGUAUCAUGGAAAGUGCAGUCUCCUUAUCAUACCUCCAUCUUAUCGACUGAAAUGUUAACUCCCAUACAGAAAUCAGCUACCUAAAAGCCAUAAGCUUUAAUUACCUUGCUUAAUGGUAACAUCUUUAACGAAGGGCGAGUUCUUCCUGAGCAUAUGAAUGGGCUUGUGGGUGGUAGCAGGUGGUAGUCUCACCUACUUUCCUUCUCUACUGAUUCUGGCUCUUCACUAUAACUAUCCAUGCAUAAAUUAAUCCUUCUUACCCUUUUUAAGUCCAUGCUAGUAGAAUUGAGUUCCAGCUAGUAUGAGUCACCUCAUAGUAGAUGAUGAAAUUUUCUGCUUUUAUAUAUAUAUAUAUAUUAUCUGUGCAGGUUUGCUUUCUGCCCGGAACGCUCGCCCUCGGUGCAACUAAAGGAAUCACGAGGAGAAGAGCACUGAAAGAUAAACUGCUAACAGCUGAUGACGUCAAGAAUCUUCAGCUCGCCGAGGAUCUGGCGAAGACGUGCUUCGAGAUGUACUCGGUGACUGCGACCGGUCUUGCCCCCGAGAUCGCCUACUUCCAUAUUGAGGUGAGAUUCAAUCCUCCGCCAUGGUUUUAAAUGGCGACUAGAUUGCCACAGAUGGCAGCAGUUGACCGAGCACCGUGUCUUGACUCAGGGGGGCUCUGAAGAACAUCUCGGUGGGGGGAACCAGAGCUCGGAAUAUGUCAACGACAUUACAAUCAAGCAUGCUGACCGCCACAACCUGCUGCGGCCCGAAACUGUGGAGUCAUUGUUCGUGUUGUAUCGCAUCACCGAAGACCCAAAGUUAGUCGGACCUGAAGUUCCGUUUUUGACAUUAUGCCCUUUGAUUCCCCUCCCUGCUCGCCAAUCGUUGACCAUCCGGUUGACCUUUCCCCUGCAGGUACAGGGAGUGGGGAUGGCGGAUCUUCGAGGCCUUUGAGAGGCACACGAAGGUUGACUCCGGAGGUUACUCCUCCCUGGACGACGUGACGGUCGUUCCGGCACACCGGAGAGACAAGAUGGAGACCUUCUUCCUAGGGGAAACCUUGAAGUACUUGUACUUGCUGUUUGGAGACAGUAAUGUCCUCCCGUUGGACAAAUUUGUCUUCAACACAGAGGCUCAUCCCCUACCGAUCCGCCGUGUUCCCAACUAG